AUUUUGUCUUUGACGUUUGUGGACGUGUGCCGCUUAGUCUGAAACUGAAUUUUCUGGUUCGCGUGCUCGUUUUCAAUCUAAACGGGAGUCUGAGAUAUUCGUUAGAAUGAGUUACGGUAGGCCACCGCCCCGAAUCGAUGGGAUGGUGUCCUUGAAGGUGGACAAUCUCACCUACAGAACGACGCCGGAGGAUCUGAGACGCGUGUUCGAAAGAUGUGGCGAGGUCGGCGACAUUUACAUACCCAGAGAUCGUUUCACGCGAGAAAGCCGUGGGUUUGCAUUCGUCAGAUUCUAUGAUAAACGAGACGCAGAAGAUGCAUUGGACGCAAUGGACGGAAGAUUGUUAGAUGGUAGGGAACUUCGAGUUCAGAUGGCACGAUAUGGACGACCAACUUCUCCACAUCGAAGCCGUGCCAGCCGUCGACGAGCGAGGUCACGCAGCAGAAGCAGGGAUCGCAGACGCUCUCGUUCCAGGUCACGCAGCAGAUCCAGGAGCCGUGAUAGAGACCGAAGGCGAUCUUACAGUCGUAGUCGCAGCCGCUCACGUUCCGAUAGCAAGAGCUCUCGUGGAAAGUCUCGUUCGAGGAGCAAGUCUCCUGACAGACAAAAGGACAGUCGUUCUAAAUCAAGGGACUGAAGUUAAUGAACCAUAAGCGAGUACGACUGUGAACAGAUGCACGUGCCGCGAGUGCAGAAUAAUCAUUUCUUGAGAACUAAAAGGUAUUCUAUUACCCUCUAUACCUAGAGCAACACUGUCGCACGUUCACAUUUCUUCUAUCACUUACAUAUUAAUUAUGACGACGCACUUGUUUGGGUUCGAAACAGAACCCAAAACUAAUUUUAAUGUAAUGUACCUAGACAGUGAGUUUAAAGGACUCACGAAGACUCUCGUUUGCAAAGUUUUUUUUUCUCGUAAUUAUUCUUACUUCGUUAAGUGACACUGUCAUGCACUUAAUUUUGAUCAGAGAGAAAUAUAUGUAUUCCUUUUUC